AUGCAAAAAAACAUUUUUAUAUUAGAUCAUAUUAUUUUUAUUAAUGCAAAAUUUAUUUUAUGUAUUAAUAUUUAUAAGAUUAAUUUAUUCCCUACAAUUUUAUAUAUUUAUACAUUACAUUUUUUAAAUUCUGAUAUAAUAUAUAAUUAUGUAUGUUUCAGAUUAUUUUAUUGUCAUGUUCUGAUAUGUUUUCAGAGAAUUUGGUAUACCAAUUUUAGAGUUUUUUGUGCAGAUUUCAGUAUAGAGUUUUCAAGACUAAAGAUCAAUUUUCUGGAUUUAGGUAUAGGUAUAUGUCUGGAUUUAGGUUUAGGGUUCAGGUUAGAGGAUUCAGUGUUUUUAUUUUUGAGUUUUCUUUUAUUUAUUUAUGAUAAAUUAUAUUUUAUUUAUUGUUUUUACUAUUUGUUUUUUAUAUAUUUUUUUGGUUACAUCAAUUUUUAUUAA